AUGUUCCGUUUUGCACGGUUGAAGGCGACAAACAGGCCCAGGAGUUUCAGUGGCAUGGAGAGGUCUCGCUACGGAGAAGUGAGCUGCCCGUCCUCUAACCGCCUCUCUGCUUCAGGUCCCAGGAAGUGGCUGCUGAUUCCUUUGGCCCUCAUGAUCCUGCUGAAAGUCCCCGGGGUCCAGAGUCUGCCAGUCGGAUCCUGCCAUUUCCCCCAAAUUGCAGAACAUUCGGACGCCUUUAGGCAACUCAGGAACCGAUACGAGGACGAGAGGUUCAAAGGGGGCGAACCCUGGAAAAACUGCACCCGCCAGCAUCUCCGCUUCCCCCGAGGGAAAAUGCACCACUUGAGAAGCAAAUGGGAAAAGCUGGAGGCCGUGGAAGCAGAGCUGGCCCUGGUCGUGCCCGUCUUGCAGAACCUGAGUGAGCCGCCCUUCUCCAAACAGGCCUCCAAGAUUUUGGAGUUCCUGCAGCCGCUCAAGGACGCUCUGGCCCCCUGCAUCAGGCACAAACCUCCCCACAGGCAGAAGUCCAGCCACCUCCAGGAGUUCCAGGAAGCGAUCCAGAAAUUCAACGCCAGCAGCGUCCAGCAAUCACCGAAGUGUCUGGAGGCAGCGGUCGGCCUCAACAUUGUGCGUCUCCUGGAAGAGGACAUUGCUCAGCUCCAGCACCACUUCCGCCACCGCCAUCACUUCCGUGCCACCACCCACCUAGGCUAG